AUGAAGGCAAAACCAGGAUCGGUUCAGGAUGCUGUCCGACUCUUUACUGCACUUUGGGGGGUUUUCAGCACAGCGACGGUUUUACAAGUAAACACUCAAGAAGGUGAUGGGUGUGGGCACACUGUUCUGAGUCCCAAGAGUGGCACCAUUGCUUCACGGAAUUAUCCAGGUACCUACCCCAACCAAACACAGUGUGUGUGGAAUUUAAAAGUUCCAGCAGGAUUUACGCUGCACCUCACCUUUGGGGAUUUUGACCUGGAGUGGAGCAAGGACUGCAGAGCUGGCUCUCUCACCAUUACUGACAAAAGCAGAACCAUCAAUAUGGGUCCCAUGUGUGGGCAGCUGGCUGCCUCAGACAGGACAGUCCCAGUGAACAGUAGUGAAGUAACAGUGCGCUUUGUAUCCGGUACUCACCGCUCUGGACGAGGCUUCCUGCUGUCAUACUCAACCCAUCAACACUCAGACCUCAUCUCAUGUUUACACCGAGGAAGCCACUUCACCUCCCAGCAGAUCAGUGUGUUCUGUCCUGCGGGCUGCAAGGAUGUUGCAGGGGAAAUCUGGGGUCGCCAUGAGCGGGGCUACCGAGAUACUUCUGUACUGUGCAAAGCUGCAGUCCAUGCAGGAGUUAUAUCAGACCAGGAGGGAGGCAUGAUCAAUGUGACCCAGCACAGGGGCAUCACCCUGUAUGAGUCAAGCUUUGCCAAUGGAGUUCUGUCUAAAAUAGGUUCAUUAUCAGAUAAGAGGCUAAUCUUCAACAAAGCCUGUGAGAGUUCACUAGCAGUGAUGACCUACAAUGCAUCUUCCAUGUUGGAGGGUAUGAACGAGUUGGGCUGGACAUUAGAAGAGGGAACCUCUAGAGGCCAGCUCAUACAGUGGAGUGCCAACAUCAAUGACCAGCAGCCUUGGCUGGAGAUUGAGCUUUGGAACCGGAACAUCAUCACAGGGAUAAAAACAGCCGGACAUCCCAACUUCUACAUUGAAACGUUUACUCUGAAGUUCAGCAAAGACCGUAAAACCUGGAAAGUUUACAAGGACACGUUUAGCAAAGAGAAAAAGGUAUUUGAGGCCAGUACUGAUGGCCACAUAGUGGCUUUCAACAGCUUGUUUCCUUCUAUAACAACCCGUUACCUCCAGCUGUGGCCCCAGCGCUGGCAUGGCAGAGUCUCUGUUCAGGUACAGGUGCUUGGUUGUCCAUCAGCUGUGCUUCGACCUCGAUCUAAUGCUGACGGAUCCACAGCUUUGAAGCCAGUUCCCACAGAAACAGCAAUGCAAAAUCCAUCUGCCAACAAGACGACUGUGGUCAUAAGCUCAAGCCAAAGUUCCACCCAGCCUCUAGUACUGGUGGUGGGUGUGAUACUGGGUGCAGCUCUAUGUGUGUGGUGUGUAUUAGCAGUGCUGUUGUGGAGAAGAAGGAAAACAGCUAUGCGUCAGAACAAGUGCUGUGUUGAUGCAGACUGCCAGGGAUUUCAUGGUAAGAAGCUACCGUUUACAGACUCAGAGCUCAGCAAUCAAACCUACCCACGGGCAAGGAACAUCCAUGACAGCCUACCAAGCCCCCCUCUCAAUGACUAUGCUGAGCCUGAAGUGCCGACGAGUGGGCAGAUAGUGGGCCUUACCUUCCGGCCACAGCUGAAUGAUGGAUACACCCUUCCGUUCUCAGUCAAUCACUACGACACACCGAUUCAGCUCCCCGAGUACGCCGAGCCAGUACUGCCUGAGCCAGAAUAUGCCACACCAUUUAGUGAUUUUGGUCCAGAUCCCUCCACCAUCACGCAGCAGGACACUCAACAUACUUUACAAUAUGACUGCCCAGAUCACAGAGGACUCGCUAAUGGAUACUGCACUCCUCUCGUCAAUGGUACAAGGACUCCCAGAAAGCCUGGAGACUCCCUGCGGCAGCACACCUACCACGAGCCUCUAUGAGCCGGUCUUUAAGUUUGCUGUGAAUCUUACUGGCUAAUUAAAAGUACACCUUACAAUUAUAUAUACAGUACAGUAUUCUAUAUUUAUGGUAAUAUUUUUUGGGAAUGGACAAUUUAAUAUGUUUUAUUGUAAAAUUGUAUGCAAUAGAGCUACACAAAGCACCAGCUUGUGGAGUUCCAAGUCAUUUUAAUUGCUUCUUUUUGUUUGGUUCAUGACUGUAAGUGCUUUGGAGAGAUGCAUUAGAAACCAGUAAGAGCUCAUUUCCACUGCAGGGUACCCUAUGGUAUGAUACAUUAUGAAAUCCAUAAACCCACAUUCAGUGAUUGUUUCCACUGCUAGGUAA